UAAAUAACUAUUUCGUCCAUGAAACCAACUAAUUUGUACUUACAAAAUCCUUAAUGCAGGUAUAUGUUUGUAGUUGCCAUAAGAAAUGAUAUGUCCGUUGUGUAUAUAAUGUAAUCCCUAAGAUACAUAGUUGAUUCGUUUUUACACAAAUAAACUGAACAAAAAUUUGCAAACCAACUAAUAGUUAUGCACAACAUUGGAUACACAUGCUUACACACACUAGAAUGUAUAUUGUACCAUUGAAAAUUUGCUUGAAUCUUUAUUUUCAACAAAAAAAAUAAUAAAAUAAAGAUUUAAUAAUCUACUAUGCGUGUCAUUGCACAAUAAUCACAAUGAAUAACGUUUUAUUCAGAUCAUCAAAAUAAAUAUCUGUAUAUUGUUUAACACUUAUCAAUGUAAACUAAAUUAAUAAUAGUCGAUUCGUCCUGAAAACCGUCUAGUUCAUUGUGUCACUUCCCAUGUAAUAACCUAUUUGUGAUAUUUAAAAAGAUGGAUAUUUUCUCUAAAACUAAAUGUCUAUUAUCAAUUCAUACUAUAAUUACGACAAAAUGUAUAACUUUAUUAAUUAUUUAUGGACUGAUAACUAUUACAGUAUCUCCUACAAUCAUAACUUGUCAAAAGAUUAGUUGGGGCCUUGUUCAUUCAAUUUCACAACUGAGGGAAUUACUUAUCACAGAUAUACCAGAUGAUAAUCUUCAACCAGACAGUUUAUCACAAUCUCCAGAGAAUAAUAAUAUUAAACAGAAACAUGAUGCUAUUGUUGGUGAUUCAACAUUUGUAAAUGGAUUAGAUAAAAAUAAUCACAACACUGAAGUAUAUCAUCGUCAGACAAAUUCUGACUUACGUUUUGUAGAAGCAACAAAAUCACAAAGUUUAAAUUAUCCACAAACAAACAGAAAUUAUAUGAAUCCAGAUUUAAACACAGAUAAUUAUAAUCAUCAACGAUUAAAUCAAACUCAGUUAGAACAAACAAUUCAAGAUAUGAACAAUAAUAAUGACAAUAUGAUGACAACAGAAACAUUUGUCGGUCCAGAUGGAAAAUUACAAAUGAGUAUAUGUGAUCAUCCGAAUGGAUUUUUAAGAAGACAAAAAAAAUUAUGCCGUCAGUAUUUGCAUUUAAUGGAAAGUGUGAUACGUGGUUAUUUUAUGGGUUUAAAAGAAUGUGAAUAUCAAUUUUCCGCACACCGAUGGAAUUGUCAAGGUCAUAAUUUAACUGUUCAAACACCACCGAAUAGUCGAAAACAGAAACGUCUAAGAUAUAGAGAAUCCGAACCGAAGAAUGAUGUGGAUAAUUCACAAAGAAAAUCUGUACGUAUACAAACAUACUUAGAUAAACUAUUAUCAAAAGGUACAAGGGAAUCUGCUUAUGUUUUGGCUGUCACAUCGGCCGGUGUAUCACAUGCAGUCACUAAAGCAUGUAGUAGUGGUUUACAUGAUAAUUGUGGAUGCGACAGGACAAUAUAUGAUCAUCCUAGAGAACCGAAUUUUGAAUGGUCCGGCUGUUCAGACAAUAUAUAUUUCGGAGCAGAAUUUUCAAGACAAUUUCUUGACGUGCGUGAACGCAACAGGUUAAAGCGUAAUGCGAAAUUAGGCCUAACCAAUUUACAUAAUAAUUAUGUAGGAAGACAUAUGGUUAUCAAUAAAAUGGAAGUUCAAUGUAAAUGUCACGGUGUAAGUGGAUCAUGUGAGAUGCGUACAUGCUGGAGAUCGUUACCGAAAUUUCGAAAUUUAGGUGCACAACUACAAGAAAGAUUUCAUGAAGCUAUACAGGUUACUUAUAUGCAAAACCGUUUGGUUCCAAUGAAAGCUUUAGAACAGUUAAAUAAAGAAUCAAAUGGAAACGCACUUUUACUUUCGCACCCCGCUUUGUUAUCAUCUACUGGAGCAACGAUGUCAUCACGAGUUAGUCGGAAUACCUUAGAUUCAUUAACUAGUUCAACAUCACUAUCUCCAUCAUCUUUACCAUCACCAACAGAAAAUGAUUUAAUUUAUAUAAGUGAAUCACCAACAUUUUGUCAUCAUGACCCGCGGUACGGCAGUAUCGGUACAUAUGGACGUCAAUGCGACGAAAAUUCCCAAGGUUUAAAUAGUUGUCAUUAUUUAUGCUGUGGUCGAGGAUUUAAACGGCAAACAUUUGUUCAACAGGAAAGAUGUGAUUGUAAAUUUCAAUGGUGUUGUAAAGUUGUCUGUAAGACAUGCCGUAAAACAGUGGUCAUAUCCACAUGUAAUUAAUAACUAUGCAAAUGCGUAUAAAAAUGCAUUAUUUUACAGUUUACAAUCAUUUUAUGUGUUUGUUUUCACUUUCGUGCACUAAAUUCCCUACCUCUAUGAUUCGCUUCACAUCUAUUCCAAAAAUGCUUUUCUCCCACUCUUGUGUUACAAAAAUAUCUGUAUUGAAAUCGGAACUAUUGCUGACAGCGACAAAAUAACAAUGACAAUCAUCAUGAUACUAUUAAAAUGCCUAAAUCCGACAGGAGAGAUUACAAUAAGUUAUGACACGUUGAAAAGAAAGAAAAAACUCAUCAAGUUGCUGAUAUUUUGCUCCAUGAAAGAAAUUAGAAGACUAUCAUGAAUAAUCAGAAAUAAAUUUUUUAAUGAGUUUAGUAUGGGUAGUAGUACGAAAAACUGAAAAGACCAGAUAAACAAAAUGAAUAUACAUAAUUUACUGUGUUUCUUUUCAAAUCAUUCACUUGUUUUCCGUUUUUGUUGUAAAUGUUUAUUUUCCUAAUAUACUACCUAUAACAUGUGUAUAUUCUAUUUAUAGUCACUCAUUCACCAAAUCAAUCAGUUAAUCAUAACUCAAUAAUUCAUAAUCUUUAUAUUGGUAAAACAAAACAUAAAAUGAAUACCAUGAAUGAUAAUUAUACAAACUCAUUUGUUGUAUUUUAUUAUAUACAUACAUAUUCAUUUUUGAUCUGUUCAUUAUAUACAUGUAAACAUUCAGCUAUUCAUGAGCGGAAAAUACAUAGUGAAAGAUGAGGUUUUAAAGUUGAUCUUUAUCCAAACACUUUCAUGUGGUUAAUUGAUAUUCUCGACAGCAUGAAAGUGUCCGACUUAGUGAGAAAGUACUGAUUUUUGGAAUUAUUAACAUUUUAAAAAAUACUACUUGUGAGUAGCCCAAAUAAUUAAUCUAAAUCAUUUGACUUAUGAAAGUUUGAUAAUCGCUAAAUAAGGUACCUAAAGAGAAUUUAGUUUUAAUCACUGACUGAUAACA